AUGCUCGGUCCCAUUAUCGCCCUCUUGGGGCUACUUGCAGCCUUCACCUCCGCGACCGCCCUCACUUACAAGAUGACACCGAACGAGAAAGAGUGCUUCUACACAUAUGUCGACAAAGUGAAUUCGAAAGUAGCCUUCUACUUCGCAGUACAAAGUGGAGGCGACUUUGAUAUCAACUACGCAGUCUACGGACCUGGGAAAGAGCCUGGUAAAGAGCGGGUGGUGCUGGAUGGCGAGAAGGAGAGACAGGGCGAUUACGUCUUCACAGCAACAGACGUUGGAGAGUACAGGUUCUGCUUUGAUAACACAAUGUCUACCUUCUCGGAUAAGAUUGUCGACUUUGAGAUUUCGGUUGAGAACGAGCCCCGAGCAAACCUACCGCAGAAGGCUGGCGCAAGCACUGAACAACUCAGCGGUGUUGAAGAGACGAUAUUGAAGCUGUCAGGACAGGUAUCGACUUUGAUAAGGCAACAAAAGUACUUCCGUACCCGAGAGAACAGGAACUUCAGUACUGUCAGGAGCACGGAGAAGCGGAUCUUCAACCUCAACGUGAUCGAGGGAGGCCUCAUGGUCGCCAUGGCAGGUCUGCAAGUCUUCAUUGUGAAGAUGUUCUUCACCGGAGGCCGGAAAGGCUACGUAUGA